AUGCUCUUGCUCCUCCUUGUCGCGUCCGUCUACUACCUCGCGCAGCACGGCACGCCCUCCUUCCUCUCGCUCCGUGAGUCUCUCAAAGACUUAGGAUAUUCACCCGACUCCUCACGCGCGGGUGUCAUUGCACAAGCGAAAGCCGACGCCGAGGUGCACGAGAUCGACGCGCUCCUGCACUUCGUCACCGCCCACUCAGAACGCAAGCUGGACGAGGACGGCGGUUCCAUUCGCGUGAAGGGGCUGGGGAGCGUCCAGGUCAAUGCGGACGAGCCCGUAGAUCUGCGCGUGUACUCGCCAGAUGGGGACUACGAGUGGGAAGACCACUUGAAAAGGCUGAAGGAGCAGUAUCCGCUGGUGGUUUUUAGUAAGACGUACUGCCCGUAUUCGCAAAAAGCCAAGGCGCUCCUGAACUCUUACGGCAUCACACCGCCUCCCAAAGUGGUCGAGUUGAAUGUUCGCUCGGAUGGUCCCCAAGUCCAGGCUAUCCUUGCUAGGCUGACCGGGCGAAGGACAGUCCCGAACAUCAUCCUAAAGGGGAGCUCGCUAGGAGGCUCGGAUGACAUUACCAAGCUGCAUAAUGAGCACCGACUACAGAGGCUGUUGGAGGAAGCUGGAUUGAAGGUGCAGGGUCCUCCGGAAACUACAACGACAUCUACGACGGAAGCAUAG